GGGUGGUUUUGGGGUUGAGCCCAAGAUCCCCCCGAGACCCGCCGGGUCGAGACCCGUCCCUAUGGCGGGCCAUGGAGGGCGCCUCCAAGUGCUGGAGCUCGAAGCUCAACCCUUUGCGAUGCUGCCUUGGCACCACUUGGGGCGCAGUCCAGGAACAAGUCGAUGCGUGCUGGACGCAGGAGCGGACCUUCGCAAGCUGCUGCCUGUCGGAGCGGAUGCUGAUGAGAUCGGAGCUGUGGGCGUGGAAGAACAACUUCUUCAGCUGCGGCUGCAAUAUCUCGCAAGACGUCCGCAGCAGACACGCCUUCUGCCGCCUGCGCGACAUGCUGGCGCCAGAUGCGCGGCCGGAGUGCAUGACGUACUCCUACACGUACAUCCUGGAGCUUGUCACUGAGUUCGGGCGCCUCUUCCGGGUGAACACGCCCCUCUUGCAGUCCAAGGACUUGGCACUCUGCGUGCCAGGCAUGUUCAUCAUCAUGCUGACGGACUUGCUAGCCCGCAUGCCCUAUGAGAAGAACUUGACGCAACUUACUAGCUUUCACUAUGUGAACCACGUUUUCCCUUACGCCCUGAAGGCGACCUCUGAACUGGCAGCAGCUGGGUGGAAUGUGAUUCCAGUCUGGCAGUCUGUGAAGGCAAUGGCGCAUGAUCUGCGCUAUGGCGGCACCGAGCCCAUUCCCGGCACUGCCGCUGAGGAUUGUGCGCAGUUGUUGCCGGACUUGCUAGGCGAGGUUAAGCGGGGCGCUGUGGAGCAGGAUGCUUUCCAGCUGCGGCGGGCAGCCGCCGCUGUGCCUCCGGCAUGGAGGCUGCAUCAGUGGGGUAGCAGCUGCUCCCGGUGCUGCCUGGUGCCGGCCAGCCUGGCGCUGGCAGGUCUGGGCAGCCUGCGAAACAAGGAGCGGCUGGACCGGGCCGUGCAUUUCAUGGCUCAGGCAGCCCAAGGCGACUGGGUCACGCUCCUGCUUUGGAGCCCCUGGCCGGUCCUUGAGAUCUUGGAGACCUUCCUGCCCUGGCGGCAGCGUGUGAUUGGGCUGGUCACGGUGCAGACCAUGGAUCAGGAGUCCUCCUGCUUCGGGCAGACCGUGUCCCAAGUGCCGCCUGUGAAGCCGAAGGCGGCCACCAGCCGCCGCGCGGCGGUGGUGCUGCGGGGCCGGAGCUUCUUCUGGCGCCGGGGCGGGGAACAUUUGAACCUCCCGGAGUCGGUGCCGGAGCAGCUCCUGGCAGCCAGGAGCCACAUGUCCAAAGUGGUCAAGCCAUUGGAGGCCUUGGGGUACGAGGUCAGCAUCUACGGCGCGACCUAUGAGACUGCAUUUCUGCAACGCCUGGAGGCAGAGUAUCAGCCCAAGCUCGCAGCAAACUUCUCGCGGCUGCCACUUCCGGGGUCGCAGCGGCAAGGCGUCGAAGCGGCACUGAACCUGGUCCCUUCGGACAGCGCCCUGGUGGUUCUGCUGCGCUUCGAUCUGGUGCUGAAGCGUUCCCUGGGCCCAUUUCUGGCGGCCUGGCCACGCCAGGAGUUUCUGGCGCCGUUCUGGUGCGAGCUCUCCAAAAUCUCCCUGCUGGAGGGUGGUAGCCUUUGUGUGUCCGACGUGCUGCAAAUCUUCCCUGGUCAUGAGCUGGCUCGUGUGCAGCAGGCCCUCGGUGCCAUGGAAUCCCCCCAUGGCCACGCGCACUUCCACGACUGGCUGCAGCUGCUGGUGGAGCAGGGCGUGCUGCCAAACCAGGUGGGCGUGCUGGUGCCUGGGCGCUUUAUUGCAGAUCCCGGCGCGCAGUGGAACCCCCUCUACGACUUCGCGAAUCGGGAUCGCCGCAGCCCUCCCCCGGGCAUCAACCGCGGGAACUGGACGUGAG